GGAUGAUGAAGAGGAAGAUGGAUUUUGAAGGCUUUCAAGGUAGCUAAUUUUGAAUAUAAGGAAGAGGAAGAAGCUGUUGCAGAGGAAGAAAUUCAAAAAGUGACCAUGGAGAAUAACAAUACCAUGAACAAUUCUGAAAGAGCAAGUUACUGGGAAGAGUUGUUACGAGACAAAUACGAAGUUCAAAAGGUGAGGAGUUCAUGCUCUAGGAAAAGGAAAGAGAAGCCGUAAGCAGAUGGUCUCUGUCGAGGAUGAUGACCUUGCUGGUUUGGAAGGUGUAAGCUCUGAUGGCGAGGAUGAUAACUUUGAAGCUGAACUGACUGAUGGUGAUACAACUUCAUCUGGAACUCAAUCUGGUAGAAGGCCUUACAGGAAGAGAAAUCGUGUGGAUAGUACGGAGCCAAUUCCUCUAAUGGAAGGUGAAGGAAAGUCAUUUAGGGUGCUUGGUUUCAAUCAGAGUCAGAGGGCUGCAUUGUGUUCAGAUUUUGAUGAGGUUUGGGGUUGGGGACUAUGACUGGAAGGAGUUUACACCUCGUUUGAAACAGAAGUCUUAUGAAGAAAUAAGAGAAUAUGGGUUUCUUUUCUUGACUCAUAUUGCUGAAGAGUUGACCGACUCUCCAACAUUUUCAGAUGGUGUUCCCAAAGAAGGUCUCAGAAUUCCAGAUGUACUAGUGAGGAUAUCUGUUCUGCUUUUACUAAGUAAGAAGGUUAAGACUGCCUCAGAACAGCCUGGAACCCCUCUUUUUACCAAUGACAUUAUCAUGCGCCAUCCAGCAUUGAAGGGUGGGAAAUUUUGGAAAGAGGAACACGAUUUGUUGUUACUGGGUGCUGUUCUAAAGCACGGAUAUGGAAGAUGGCAGGCUAUUGUUGAUGAUAAAGACUUGAGGAUUCAGGAGGUCAUUUGUCAAGAGUUGAAUCUUCCCUUUAUCAAUCUUCCUGUUCCGGGGCAAGCUCGUUCUCAUUUGCAGUAUGGUGCUAAUGCAAGUAAUGCUGAAUCUAGUGGAAACCAGACUCGGGGAAAUGACUCUGGGAAUGGCAUAGGAGGUGAGAUAGGCCAGGGGGCUGCUGAUGCUGCGAACCAAACACAAUUGUACCCGGAUUCUUCCAUUUGUAUCAUUUUAGAGAUAUGCAGAGAAGGCAGGUUGAAUAUGUCAAGAAAGGGUGCUUCUUUUGGAAAAAGGGAUCACUGCUGAGUUUGCUAUAGAACAGAUGAGGGAAUUAAACGCAAAUGAGGUGCCAAGUGAAGAGCCAGAGAUUGGACAAAGGGUUAUUGACAUGCCAAAUUCAAACACAAGAGAGAU